CAGUUUUAACCAAUUAUUCUUUGAUUCCAAUCGUAGGUUGUAACUGCAAUUGUUCGGACUUUGUACGCCACAGCAUCUAUCCUUCUCCUUCCUUGUAAUCUAACUAGGGUUUUACACUCUGAUUCUGCAAGAACAGUGAAUUAACAAUGGAGGCGAUGCAUAGACGAUUAGAGGCAUGGAUCAGUGAUCAGCGAGCCAAGUUCCUUAAAGUUUCUUGGGGACCUCUCCAAUGGAGAAUGAAAUGGCCGCCAUGGAACAACAGCGACAGAGAGCAUAGGAAGAAGAUUCAAGAGGAGUACGAGCGCCGGAAGAAGCAGCUCCACAUUCUCUGCCAAUCCGUAAAGGCUGAGUCCGUCGCCGACUUGCAGGACAUUCUCUGCUGCAUGGUCCUCUCCGAGUGCGUUUACAAGAGACCUGCUGCUGAGAUGGUUCGAGCCGUAAACAAAUUUAAGGCCGAUUUUGGAGGCCAAAUUGUUUCCUUGGAUAGGGUGCAGCCUUCUUCAGAUCAUGUCCCUCACAGGUACCUGUUAGCAGAAGCAGGUGAUACGUUAUUUGCUUCUUUUAUUGGGACAAAACAGUACAAGGAUUUCAUGACCGAUGCAAAUGUAUUCCAAGGUGUCAUAUUUCAUGAGGAAGAUGUAGAGGAUAGUGCUCAUGUUGAAGCUGUUGAUUCUAGGACAGUGGAGAACGGUAAGGCAAAUGGAGAAAGUAGGUGGAAUCCCCUGGAACAGAAACCUAAGAAAGUAAAAGAUAUACCUAAGCCUGCUGCUCACAGAGGUUUCUUAGCUCGUGCCAAAGGGAUACCUGCUUUGGAGCUGUACAGGCUAGCUCAAAAGAAGAAUCGGAAACUUGUAUUAUGUGGACAUUCACUUGGUGGUGCUGUAGCGGCACUAGCCACUCUUGCCAUUUUGAGGGUCGUCGCUGCAGCUUCUCCAUCCAAAGAAAAUGGAAAGGUCCAGGUCAAAUGCAUUACAUUUUCCCAACCGCCAGUUGGGAAUGCUGCUUUGAGAGAUUAUGUGAAUAGAAAAGGAUGGAAGCACCAUUUUAAGAGUUACUGCAUUCCAGAAGAUUUGGUUCCCCGUAUCUUGUCUCCUGCUUAUUUUCAUCAUUAUAACACACAAGCUAUGCCAACUCCUUUUGAAGUUCAAACUAAUGGUUCAUCUAUUACAAUGCACGGGGAAGUGAAGGAGAAAUCAAGGUCACAAAAGACUAAAGAAGAUGAGGGUGAGCAGUUGGUUCUGGGACUGGGUCCUGUACAGACUUCCUUUUGGAGGCUUUCAAGGCUUGUUCCUUUGGAAGGUGUCAAAAGAACACUUGAUAAAUACAGAGGAAAGCCAGAUCAUUCUGCAGAAAAAUCUUCAGGGCCUGAUUCUGCGGUGAAAUCUGCGAUUGAAGAUGCAGUAAUUGAACCACAGUCCCUAGAAAUCCAGGAGGGUUUUGAUGGCAUAUCCCUUAAACCAAUGUCUGACAGUGACAGUGAGCAAUCAGAUGAUGCAGGCCCUGGAAAGCUAGCUGAUAGAAAUGAUGCAAAAGGUGGUGAUGGACGUAAGUGGCGCAGAGUGCCUUAUCUACCUUCAUACGUACCAUUUGGGCAGCUUUUCCUCUUGGAGAAUUCGUCGGUGGAAUUACUAUCGGGAGCAGAGUACACAAAAUUGACAUCGGUCAGAUCCAUGUUUGCCGAACUAAGGGAGCGAUUUCAAUCACAUUCAAUGAGAUCGUAUAGGUCUCGGUUCCAGAGAAUAUAUGAUCUAUGCAUGGGUGAGAGCAACACAUCUUUCUUAGGAGUUGAGCAGCUGCCUCAGUUUCCUCAUUUACAGCAGUGGCUUGGGCUUGCAGCUGGGGUUGCUGUAGAACUUGCACAGAUUGUGGACUCUCCUUCUAUUCGCACUGCUACAUCAGUUGUUCCUCUUGGAUGGAGUGGUACUCCUGGUGGGAAGAAUGGAGAACUCUUGAAAGUUGACAUCACUGGUUUUAGGUUGCACCUUUGUAACCUGGUUCAUGCUCAAGUGAAUGGUAACUGGUGUUCAACUGUAAUCGAGUCAUUUCCAUCAGAGCCAACUUACUCUUCUAGUCACGAAGUACAGCCAGAACUACAAAAAAUACGAGUUUUAGUUGGACCUCAAUUGAGAAGCCCACCUAAGCAUCAGAUAGUACUGGAUUCAAUAAAGCCUAUGUUUUCUUCUAUUGAUUCAGAAGCUGUUAAUCCCAAUCAAGAGCAUACUUUAGGAUCAUGUCAUGAGGAAAAAUUUAUUUGUCCUGAGGGUUUGAACAAUGUUGUCAUAUUCUGUACCAGUGAUUUUGUCACCGUCUCGAAGGAAGUUCAUAUCAGAACACGAAGGGUUCAAUUACUUGGCCUUGAGGGCGCUGGUAAAACUUCUCUUUUUAAGGCAAUUAUUGGUGAAGACAAACUACCCCCUCUUACAAACUUUGACAUCAUGCAUAUAGAGCCCGAGGUCCAAGAAGGCAUAGCUGGUGGUAUAUGCUAUUCUGAUUCAGCUGGAGUGAAUUUGCAGGACCUGAAUCUGGAGGUCUCUAGUUUCAGGAAUGAGCUGUGGAUGGGAAUGCGUGAUCUUAGUAGGAAGACGGAUUUGAUCAUUCUUGUGCAUAACCUGUCCCAUAAGAUUCCUCGAUACAACCACCCAAAUGCUUCACAGCAACAGCCUGCCCUUUCACUUCUGUUAGAUGAGGCUAAAGCUCUUGGUAUUCCUUGGGUGCUUGCAAUAACCAACAAAUUUUCUGUCAGUGCCCAUCAGCAAAAAGCGUUAAUUGAUGCCGUAGUGCAGGCAUACCAAGCUUCUCUAAGCACCACACGAGUUAUUAAUUCCUGUCCAUAUGUUAUUCCCAGUACUGCAACUGCAUUGCUACCCACAACUGCAACUGAUGGAGAUUCUGAUGGGAGAGUUGUUGCCCCGAAACUUAUCUUUGCUCCAAUUAACCUUGUUCGGUGGCCUUUCCAAAAGAAAGAAACCAUUUUUCCUGUAGAGGGCGUAAACUCUCUUCGUCAGCUAGUCCACCGUGUUCUGCAGAGCCAUGAGGAGGCUACUUUACAGGAACUUGCUAGAGACAGGCUUAUGGUGGAGCUGGCGCGAGAACGUGCUACAGCGGUUGAUGCAAGUCGAGAUUUUCAUGGGAAGGCAAGUUCUUUGACAGCUGCUGCUGUAGGUGCUUCCCUGGGGGCUGGUCUUGGCCUUGUAUUGGCCAUAGUCAUGGGUGCAGCAUCUGCUUUGCGUAAGCCCUGAGUAUUCCCAUUAUAUAUUAUCGAUAUCGUAGUUGUUUAAAUUUUCCUAGCUUAUUUAUUUAUUUAAGCCAUAUGUAGAUUGUAGUUUAUGUUUUGCUUCUGUUCAAGUAGCACUUCACUUGACAUGCCAUUUAUUCAUUCUAUUGAAUCUUUUCAUUUAAAUUUGCUUUUGAAGUUUUCA